AUGGGAAAUUACACAGGAUUCGUUGGAGGAGGUGGAGGACAUGGAAGUAUGAAAGGAGGCAUUCAGAUGAAUCCGAUUUAUGUGGGAAAGAUGGCAACAAGAGCCCAUCCCUCGUUUUUCUACGUGGAACUUCUCUCCAACAUCUGGUUCUCUGGAGAGUUCCUAACCCGAAUGAUUUUCUGUCCCAACGUGGCAAUAUUCCUGAAGACUCCAGUCAACAUCAUCGACUUCAUAGCUACAGUAUCCUUCUAUAUCGAUUGGGCGCUCGAUAAAGCCCUCUCUGGAUCUAAUAGAGAUUCAGUUGAAUUUUUCUCAAUUAUUCGAAUUCUUCGUCUAUUCAAAUUAACUCAACAUUCCACUGGACUCAAAAUUCUGAUUCAAACAUUCAAAGCGUCUGCUCAGGAACUAUUCCUUCUUGUAUUCUUUGUAGUUCUCGGUAUUGUGAUAUUCGCUGCACUGGUUUAUUAUGCUGAAAGAGUUGAGCACAACGAGGGAAAUCAAUUCUCGUCGAUACCCGUCGGGUUGUGGUGGGCUGUGAUUACGAUUUGUACGAUUGGGUUUGGGGAUUUGGUCCCCCAAACAUCCCUUGGCCGUCUUGUCGGUUCAGUCUGUGCUCUGAUGGGUGUGCUCACUAUUGCUCUACCCGUUCCAGUUAUUGUAUCCAACUUUGCAAUGUUUUAUUCUCAUGCGCAGGCGAGAUCAAAACUACCGAAAAAACGACGACGAGUACUACAACCUCAUGAAAUCAAGCCAGUUGUUGGGAGGAGUACAACUGCAGUUAUGAUAAGUGCAUUGACUCAAAGAGGACCUGUUGGAGGAGGACAUGGUGGAGGAUCGAAUCCGUCGGAUGGUGAGCAUGGUGAUCUCUGA